CCUGAUCUCGGGGCCCAAAUAAAUAAAUACGUCGCUCGGUCCCUUGCGAGCCCGUUCGUUCUCUAGUCGGAACAAAAAAUCAUGGGAAGCGAACGGAGCCUCAAGGAGAAGAAGAGAAGCAGAGGUCGGAGCCAAGAUGAUUCGUCGUCUUCCGAUUACGAAGGGAGAGUAGUUAAAAGGCAUCGAGGAACAGAGAAAGAUGAUGAAAGGGCAAGCAGGAGAAGCGAGAAAAAAAAGAAGAAGGAGAAGGAAAAGAAAUCUCACAAAUCGAGUUCAUCAAAGUCUAAGGAUGAUAAGCAUAAAAAGAAACACGCCGAAGGUGACCACAAGCUAAAAGAGGGCAUUCCAGAGCUAUCAAUGGAGGACUACUUCUCGAAGAAUAACGAGUUUGCUACAUGGCUGAAAGAAGAAAAGCGUACGUACUUUAAUGAUCUCACAACCGAAGCUGCACGAGAAUUGUUCUCACGUUUUGUCAAGAGAUGGAACAGAGGGAAACUUGAGUCUCGAUACUAUGAGGGAAUCUCCACUGCCCCACGAACAGCUCACAACUGGAUGAUCAAGCGUAGGUGAAAAAGCAAUACCUUCCUCUUUGGUUACCUCUCUUCUUCCUUCUUAUGUAUAUGCAGCUUGAUGGUACCAGAGAUACCUCUUUCUAGUUGCUCUACUUAGACCUCUUGUUGCAGUACUUCUUAGAUUGCUGUUGAGAGACUUGUUUGUAGUCAAAGCCAGUUUUCAGACGAAGAAAAGACAUAAAAUUCCGUUUACAAAAAGUUGCUGAAGAACUAUCUUAUGUAAAACUAAAACGGUUUAGGUUUACCGCUUUUAGUUGUUCUCUUAUUUCUGUUAUUGCACUUUUCGAGAUUUUGAUUUAA